AAAUGCGGCCCGGACCCGCUGGGAGUGCCCGGAGCUCCGGCCUGGCCGGGCUGCUAAGGCGGAGGGAGAGAGGGAGAGGGAGAGGGCGAGGCGAUGGAGCGCCCAGCGUCAGGCCCGGCGUCCAGCCCGGUUGGGGAACCUGACCCUACCCAACAUGCCCCGGUGGUCCUGGUCCUGGUGGUGCCUCCUGUUGGCAUCUGAGCUCUGGGCAGUGUGUGGCCACACCAUGAGCCUCACUGCCCCUCGGGUUGUGAAACUUGAGAACCAGAGCUCCAACAACGUCACCGUCACGCUGGGGGCUCCACUAGACAUACCCUCAGUGGUCACAAUUGACGUCUUCUAUGUGUCAAAAAACCAAACUGUCCUGGAGUUCCCUGAUGAAGUUGUGGUACCAGCGGGGCAGAAGACAUCUUUUUUCUCCGUGACGGGGAGAGACGUGGGCCAAGUAACCCUCCUCCUGAGCCUCAGCAGCUCCAACCAGACCAGGACCUUCAUCCACUUCUUGGUGUUCCGCAGCCGUGCUCUGGAGUGGAUAAACCAGGGCAUUGGCUGGAUCUACUUUGUGGCCUGGUCCGUCUCUUUCUACCCGCAGGUGAUUGAGAACUGGAAGCGCAAAAGUGUGGUCGGGCUGAGCUUUGAUUUCAUCGCCCUGAACCUGACCGGCUUCAUCGCCUAUGCCGUGUUUAACGUCGGCCUCUUUUGGGUGCCCUUGAUCAAGGAGCAGUUUCUGCACGAGCAUCCCACUGGUGUGAACCCCGUGGACAGCAACGACGUCUUCUUCAGCCUCCAUGCCGUGGUCCUCACCCUGGUGGUCGUGGUGCAGUGUUUUCUGUAUGAGAGAGGCGGCCAGAAGGUGUCCCGGGCCGCUGUGGGCUUCUUGGUGCUGGCCUGGCUCUUUGCCCUCAUCGUCAUGGCGGUAGCCCUCGGCGGGGCCAUCUCCUGGCUGCAGUUCCUCUUCUGCUUCUCCUACAUCAAGCUCGCCGUCACCCUAAUCAAGUACUUUCCCCAGGCGUGCCUGAACUUCCGCCGGAAGAGCACAGAGGGUUGGAGCAUUGGCAACGUGCUCUUGGAUUUCACAGGAGGUGUUUUCAGCCUUCUCCAGAUGUUCUUCCAGUCGUACAACAACGAUGAGUGGAAUCUGAUCUUUGGAGACCCUACCAAGUUUGGCCUUGGCCUGUUCUCCAUCGUCUUUGACAUCAUUUUCAUCAUCCAGCAUUACUGCUUGUAUAGACCAAAGGCAGGGUAUGCGCAGCUCACCUAACACACACACCCUUGGACCGCCCCACCAAUCCUGGAGGCCGAGAAGCCGCGGCCAGUCCCGCUGGGCUCUGGUGCCCGGUCUGGGCUCUGGUGUCCGGACGGCGCAGCCUCGUCGGCGGGGCUCAAAGCCUGGAGGGACGGCGGUCCUGCCUCUGGCCGCUGAAAAUCCUGCUGCUCGCUUGCUGCUGGCUCACUUGCUGCUCGCUGCUGGCUUGCUGGCUCCCAGGCUGCCCCUGGCCUCCCUCUGUGAUCAUAAGCCAAUGAUCUGCUGAGAUUAAAAGCCGAGCGUGCCUGCCCAGGGAUGAUGGCAUUGGUGUCUUUUAGUUGGAUGGCUCCCUCCUCCCGCUGACCCCCACCUCUUGGGGCUAGCCGCCACACCUGUGUCUCCAGGACAGAGGCUGCUUGAUCCCCGGCGCCCCAUCUUCCCCCAUGCUCAGACAUGUCUUUCUUUUUGUUUUCAAGGCCCCAGCUGCCCUUCACGGGUUCUGAGUCACAUCCAUAGUAGCUUCGUGCCAGGAGGGAGGAGGGAGCAGGGAGCACUCAUCCCGGUGCCUGCUGGCUGUCUGUCCAAGCAUCCUGCCCUGGGGGCUUCUGCUAGAAAGGCCUUGGCCCCUCCCUGGCCUCCACAGUGCUGUUGUUUCCUAGGGCCCUCAGGCCCAGGCGCCAGCCUGCCUGCCUGCCUGCCAGCCUGCCUGCCUGCCUGCCAGCCUGCCUGCGGCCCCCCACCUGCCUGCAACCCCUGCUUGCCCAGGGUGGUUCCAGGCAACUCCUUCUUAAGCCUGACCCAACAGCUGGGUGGGGUUGGGAUCUCAUCACUCUUUCCUCAGCUGUCUCCCCAUGAGAAAUUCUGGCCCUGCCUUUGGAGAACACAUGCCCCUCUCCUUACAUGACAAUUAGUGCUCCCCUCCAUAACCACAACCCCAAAAGCAGGCUUUUGGGGGGGCUCGGACUAUACCCCCAGCCUAGCGGGCUGGGUAAGAAGGGCCCACUGCAGUGCCCAUGCCCACACCAUCCUUCCUGGUCCUGCCAGGGGUGGGGGCUGUGUCCCCAGCUCUCUGCUGCCCCCUUCCUGUGCCUCCCCCCCCAAUCAGCUUCUGCCUUCUGCUCCAGGAAGUUCUGCAAUGAUGGUGGUGGUUUGUGGACAUGAUUUUCUAUUUUUUCCCAUGUAUUUUAUUUGUAAAGGAUCAAUGUAAGAAACCUAGAAUUUUAGAUUAAAACUAACAUUUAAUUUUCCACAC